GGUCACAGCAAUAAGUGACAGCGAUAAGUGUAACACACACAUUGAGUUUCCAUUGCAAAUAUGGGUCAAUUCCUUCAAACCAGCUUUGGAGCUGGUUCUAGUCCCUAGUGUGCACUUGCAAGAGUUUGGCUUUGUCCUGUUGUUAUUUGCAUUGCAAGUCUCAAGCUGUUUGGCUAGCUGGAGAAGAUGACUUGAUUUGCCCACGUCGCAUGUCAAUUGGCCAACCCCACUACCAAUCCCCCACCGUCACAUGUUUUCCACCAUGAUUUGUGAGUUGCUGUUAGGCCCAAGGUCGCCCAAGGUCGUCCGCUCCCGACCUUCUCGCUCCCAUGUACGACGUGGCUGUGGUGGGUGCUGGGCUGAUCGGCUCGGCCUGUGCGAAGUACCUCAGUGCCAAGGGUCUGCGAGUGGCACUGCUGGGUCGUUCAGAGGCACAGGGCGCCCUGGGCGCAUGCUAUGACGAGGGCCGGAUCUAUCGGAUUGCAGACCCCGACAAAGUCUGGGCUGACCUGGCGGACCUUUCGAUUAAGGAGUACGAGGCCAUCAAAGAUGAAGCCGGUGAGAGCUUCUAUCAAGAGAAUGGCUUCUUGGCGAUCGGAGACCCUGCUCUGGAGUACAUCCGCCAAGUUGAAGAGACCAUGGCCCAGUUCGGAACUGACGCUGGGGCGCGAGGUGAGAGAGAUCGUAGCUGGCGGAGGGGCAGACGGGCUCGCGGAGUAGAAGGAAAGGACUAUUUCGUCUACAGCGGUAAAGAGGCAUUAGAGGAGCACUUCCCCUUUCUGAGGCUCCCCUUCGACGAACACUCUUGGAAAGGCAUUUGGCAGCCAAAGAAAGCUGGACAUUUGAGCCCCCGUGCAUUGGCCAAGAUCCAAGCAGUCUUAGCCAAGAGGAACGGAACUGAUGUGAUCAGCCGGAACCUCGAGCAAGCCGAGCCCCAGGAUGAUCACUGGAUACUUCACCUGGAGGGCUCCCAGCAGGUCGAGGCUCAAAAGGUUGUGUUAGCUGCUGGCUGGAUGACGAAGUGGCUGGUCCCCGACAAGUCGUUGGACAUCACAACUCAGAUGUCACAGGCAGUAUUGUUUGAAGUGACGCCAGAGGCCGCCACCUCGCUGGCUUCUAUGCCUGUGUUGAUUCUUCGAGGGCCGAAGGAUCCCGAAGAGUUCUGGUACAUUCUUCCACCCAUCAAAUACCCUGACGGGCGCUGGUACCUGAAGAUGGGCUAUGAUGGCAACAUGCUCAAUCAAAGGUUGGAGUCCAAAGAAGAGGCACUCAACUGGAUGAAGGCGAAGCAAGCUCGACCAGAGCUGGUCUCCGUCGCUCAGCAGAUGGCAGCAAGAUACUUUCCAGGUGUCACUUUUACUGGCCAUGUGAGCACCAUAGUGUGUAUCACGGAUGAUACGCAUCCAAAUGGCCAAGGGCAGCGCCGACCCUACAUCGACUACCUGGACAAGGGUGUGGCAGUAGCCAGUGGAGGCAAUGGCUGGGCCGCCAAGAGCUCCGAUCACAUCGGCUGGUUAGCCAGCGAAAUGCUAUCGAACUCAUCUGAGUGGGCAACAGACCCGGUCUCCAAAGCAUUAUUCCCAAAGGACCGAUGGUUCGAUCCGUUUCCCUCUUUAUAUAUAUAUAUAUAUACAAUACCAUUUUGUUGGUUUUGGCGUUUGUUCUUAAGAAAAUGGAUUGCCCUGUAUGGGAACUUGCAGUUGCGGGAGGAGCUUCUCCAUGAAUCUCUCAAACGUGACAGGACGAUCGGGCCUGGAGAUUUGCAGGGGCCCUGGAUCGACGUGACCUCAGCGGUGCAAUGCUUGGUGGAGCAACACAGCAUUGUGGUGCACGGGAGCUCGACCUCCUCGAAGGCGGAUCUCCCGGGCUUCUACAACCCCACACCGCUGAAGUUGGAUCUCGAGCUCAGCCUCUAUGUGCUUUACAGCUUCAAAGACAAGCUUCAUGAGGUGAUUGUGGAUGACCGCGAGUCAUUAACCAUGCCCUUGAGGAAACACUUGGUCCAGGGCACCCCGAGAGGGCCAUUCCCAUCGGCCAACGUGGAGCUUCUGAUGCGGAGGAGGCAAUUGGAAGCCGAAGCAGCAAACUCUCCAAAGAGCCAGCAAAAGCCCGUGCUGAAGAGACGGAUCAUCUCGGCCGAGGAGGCGCUCCAGCGAGCCGUGCGCCGGCACUUGUUCUUGCGCCUCGGGGGCGAAAGGGGCGAUGUGUCCAAACGGGAGUUCAGGCUAGUGCUGCUCUCCGCCUCAGCCGUGGCUGUGCUGGUAGGGCUUUGGGCUUGCCGCCGCUCCUAG